UGCCUGCGGCUCUUCGCGGAGCGCUCUGCGGCCAGCGUGCUCACGCUGCCUGCUCUCAGUCACCUGCUGGCCCGCUCGCUGCGUCUGCGACCUUGAUGGCGAUGUCUCUCGCUCUGAACUGGUCACCGCCGCCCUCGUCGCCGCUCUUCGACGACGCACCAAACGUGCACGGCGCGGUAGAGAGCGAGCCGCGGCGCUCGACAUCCUCGGCGCAGGGCGGCGGCGACCCGCGCCGGCACGCGCAUCAGGCCUCGUCGUCGUCGCUGCACGGCCUUGCGGCGCCGCCGACGGUGCGCAGCAACAGCACGUCGCCGCAGCCGCGCAGCUACGCCGCCGCCGCCGAGCAGCAGCAGCCGACGCGCGCCGCAUCCGUGCCGCCGCCACAGCAGCAGCAGAUGCAGCAGCAGCAACAGCACAUGCAGCAGCAGCAGAUGCAGCAGAUGCAGCAGCAGCAGAUGUUCCAGCUGCCCGCCAUGGGCGGCUUUGGCGCGCCGUUUUCGUCGCAGAUGAUGCCCGGCAUGCCUGCAUUCGGCCAGGCGCCGAUGAUGGGCGGCCCGGCGCCGAUGGCACCGCCAAACCAGUUCGCGUGGGCGCAGUACCAGCAGAUGCUGGCGUCGCAGGCUCGGCACCACGCCGGCGGAAGCGACCACUCGGGCGGCUCCAGCGCGGCGGAGGACGGCCGCCGGCGACGCACGACGUCCGGCCCGCAGCGGCCGCCGCCGCUCACCUACAACGACACGCUGACGCAGCAGGCGUACCCGGGCGUGUACGUGGCCAACGCGGCGAUGCGCGCGCUGCCGCCGAGCGGCAUGCUGCCGCAGUCGACGCACUCGUCAGGCUCGUCGAACAACUCCUCGGGCAGCCAGGCCGGCAGCAACGGCAGUGGCGGCUUCCACCCGUACCGGCGCGCGCCGACCCGGUCCGACGCUGCCAGCAACCCUGCGCCGAUCCAGUUCGGACACCCGACUGCAUCGCCGCUGCCCUCGCCGACGCUCAAUGGCUCGCUCCAUGCCGGCUUGCCGCCACGCACGCGCUCGUCUAGCACCGCCUCGGCGGGCAGCGGAUCGGCACGCACGGGCGGCGCGGCACCUGUUUCGUACUCCUCCGUCGCCGCCGGCAGUGUACGAGCUGCCCCUCACUCGCAAGCAGUGCCGCAGGCCGGCCUCUCGCACCUGCGCGGUCCCGGCUCGCGCUCCUCGACACUGCCGUCGUCGAGCAGCGACUCGCUGCCGCGCCGUCCCGAGGCCUCGCGCUCCGACAGCGGGCGCUCCGAUUCGGGCUCCAUGACGCCGCCGAGCCACUCGCGGCAAGAGUCGUCGUCUUCGAUUGCGAGCUCCACCGGCGGCCGCACCACGCCGACACCGGCCAACGCCGGCGUCGGUGGCAAGAAGCCGUCACCGCUAUCGCAGCGGGCGCAGCCGACUGCAGAUGAUGACGAUGACGACUCUGCUGCAGUGUACGGCGGCAGCGAUGACGGCAACGACGGGCGAGCUACGCCAGUGCAGCCUGCCGCCGCCGCACCCGCCAAGAAGGGAGGUCUGGGCAAGCUGAGGAAAGCCCUGUCGUUCUCGACGCUGUCGGAGAUCCAGGCUGCCGAGGCUGCCGCUGCCGCGCCGGAACGGCAGCAGGGCGGCCGCGUCAUCGGCCGCAAGUCUGAUGCUGUCUCCAGCCAGCCGCCGGCCUUCUCCAACUCGUCGGCGGACACGAACGGCUCGACGGGCUCGACGCGCUCCACCUCGCCGCCACGGACGCCCGACAACGGCGCACCGGUCAUGCCAGCCUCAUCCGCCGCGUCCAUCAGCUCGCGGCGCAGCGGCCGCCCGCCGCUGUCGGGCUCGGCCGAGGGCGGCGGCGGCAAGCGCAGCCUCUUCAACCGCAAGUUCAACUCGUCGACGGACAACAUUUCGAUCUCGUCGACCGUCUCGAGCGCCUCGGUCAUGCUGCGCAAGGUCGGCAACCUCGGCAAGCUGGCGCGCCGGCACAGCCUCAUGGGCCUGACGAACAUGUUCAACAAGGACAAGGACGGCGGCCGCGACGGCAUGCAGGGCGACGCCUUCGGCACGAUCCCGGAGCGCGGACCCGGCGCCGCAGACGACUCGACGCUCGCGGCGUCGUCCUCGUCCUCGACGCUGUUCGGCAAGAAAGACAAGAAGGCCGACAAGGCGAGCAAGACGAAGAAGGGCGCGCCGGCACUGGCCUCCGUCUCGCACGCGACCGUCGAGCUCGAGUCGUCCGACAUGAUGACGCCGGCGGCCUCGUACGUGCGGCAACACCAGCUGCAGAUGAAGGCCGAGGCCGAGGCGCGUGCCGAGCGCGAGCGUGUCGCUGCUGCCGCCGCUGCUGCCGCUGAGUCCGAGGCCCGCGCGCGUGCGUCCAAGACGAAGACGACAGACGACGUCAUGGAGACGCGGCAGAAGAUGGUCGAGCGCGAGAAGGAGCGGCUGAAGAGCAAGCGCGGCUGGCGCAAAAAGCUCGGCGUCGGGUCGUCGACGAGCUCUGCCGCCGCCGAUGCCGCUGCCGCUGCUCCGACGGGCCUUGAGACCAUGCCCUCGAGCUCGUACACCCAGGUGUCGCCAGCAGGUUCCACGCCGCUGGAGGAGCCUCAGCACGCCCCCUACGCCGGCUACGCAGGCGCCGCAGCAGGCAGUGCCAACGGCUACGACGAGCAGGCGUAUGACGGUGCGGGCUACGACGACGACGAGGAGCCGCUGGCGCCGCCACGGCUGCCAGGCUCGCGCGGCGGCGAGGAGUCUGGCGACGAGUUUGAGACCGACAGCCUGCGCCACUGGGGCGAGGGCAUCGAGCAGGCGCGUGCCAGCGCCGCCAACAUCAAGUCGGUGCGCGGCAUCCUUAAGAACACCGGCCAGGAGCGGCCGAGCGGGCCCGCUGGCGUCGGUGCGUUCGAGAAGCCAUUCGCGGGUCGCCUGCGCGCCAACUCGUACGACGCGCCGCCCGUUGCGGCCGCUGGCGGUGUGACGCCCGGCGUGCCGCUCAUGUCGCAGAUGUCUGAGACGCCGGCGGGCACGGACCGCAUGGACGGCGUGGCGCCGCUGCGGCCCGACUCGCCGGCGUCGGGCGAGCGCACGCCGACGGUCGAGUCGCCGAUCGGCAGCGCGCGCAACCUGCCGUCGGGCGCGCCGAUGGGCCACCACUCGAACUCGUCGAUGCCGACGCUCUCGCUCAUGAUGAAGCCCGGCUCGUCGAACAGCGUGCCGCAGCGCUCCGUCACGGCGCCGCAGAAGAAGCGCAUCAUCUUUGCCGAGCAGCAGAUCUUCCACUCGACGUGGCCGGCACACGUGUACGACCGCCGCGGCGAGCUGGCGACGUGCAAUCGCCUCACGCCGCUGCUGGCGCAGCGCAUCAAGGAGGAGCUCAACACGUACAAGAUGGAGGAGAUGGCCGUGGCGCCGACGAGCCGCAUCAACACGCACUUCUUCGUCUAGACGCUCACCCCGCACACCUUUCUCUUCUGGCGGCGCGCCGCUGCUGCUCUUCCUGCCUGCCCUUUAUUUUAGCCCGACGCGUCCGCA